AAAAUUAACAUCAUUUUGUGCCAACGAAUUUUGCAUUGGUGUGUGUGUGUGUUUUUGUGUGGGUUUCGGUGGAUAACAACGUUACAAGAUAAACAAAAUAAAACCAAUUGUUUGUUCGAUCAACCGUAACAAACUUUGGCACAUCAUUUGUUGAUUAUUUUUUUCGAAGAUAUAUCUGAUAUUUACAAUUUACCAUUAUUCUACCUUUACCUUUGAUCAGGGAGAAUUUCAGUCCUCCGAAAUAAUGUCAUCCAAAACAUUAUGUCUAUUUAUCGUCUUGUGGGCGACAUUAAUAACAACUACUUUUGCUAUUGAAAGUAGUAGUGAUGAUAUAUCAUCAUCAACGACUGCUGUGCCAUUAUUGUCAUCAUCAUCACCAUCAUCAUCAUUACCAAUAUCAACAACGGUAUAUUCAACGCCCAAAGCGCAAUCAUAUAGAAGUAAUAAUUAUCAACAAGAACAGAAAAAACCAUGGCCAAUACAAUCUGGUCCGAUUAAUUAUUAUCAAUUGGCUAAAUCAUAUAAUUAUCCAUCUUCAUUAGUAUCAAAAUCUUCACCAGGUCAACCACCAUCCUUAUCAUCACUAAUGUCAAAUUUAUUCAGUCCAUUCAAUAAAGUGAUGAGUCGCCGUGUUGCCGGAGGAAAAUUAUUCUCAUUAGUAGAUCAAUUUAAUAGUAAUGGAAAUGCUAAUAAUCUUCUUGCUAAUGCGGCUGGUUUUGAAUAUCCAGGUUCCGGUGGUAAUCUUGAAGCAUUAAAUGAUGCUGUAAAUAAUGUCAUGUUGGGAUUGAACGGCCUACAACCAAAUCAAGCUAAUCAAUUGGCCGGCCAAUUGGGAUCAUAUCUUUCAGCUGCUGCUUCAGCUAGUGGUAUCGAUGCCAGUACUAAGAAUGGAAAAAAAUUGCUUGAUUUUCCUAAACAAUGGUAUAAAUUAUUAGGUGAAAAAUUAUCUGGUGCAUCGGAAGCUGCAUAUUCUGCCACAGUACCUUUCAAAGAAUCAUUAAUGAAUACAGUAAAAUCUUUCUACAGUUAUAUUAAGCCAAGUCGAUCACAAUCAGCUUCACCAUUUGGUGAUGCAACUAGUAUGAUAGCUGCAGCUGCUGCCGCAGCCGCAUCACAAGAUUCUUUGAUGACAGCUGCCCAAAAUUCACUUCAAGCUGCAACUAGCCUUCAAAACCAGAACAAUCCAAAGCGUCGUCAAUCAGAUUCAUAUUCUGGUUAUUAUUAUAAUAAUAUCAAUUAUCCAAAUAAAAUGAUCGCAGCAUCACAACAACAGCCACAUUAUCAACAAGCAUAUGCUCAACAGCAACUUCCAUCGGCUGCUUAUCCACAAUAUUCUAACGGUAGAUAUGCUUCACAUGGUGGUGAAUAUUCACCACCAUCAUCUUCAGGUUAUUCAAAUGUUAAACCUCUAUCAACACAUCAGGCUUCUGCAGUUCAACCAAUUAACAGUGAAAUGAUGGUGAUGGAAUCACAAGCCAGUCCUUUAACUGCCAACAAUUUAAAGAAACAAUACAUUCAAUAUAUGGGCAAACAACCGAUCGCUACCACAAUGAAUCAACCAGUGAUUCAGAUGCCAUCUCAAUCAACUUCAUCUUCUUCAGAACAGCAACAGUCGGCAGCAAAAUAUGAUCAAAUGUUAAGUAAAAUGAUUCAACAAUCCAUUCAGCAAACUCAACAACAGUUGUUGAAUAACAAUUCACCUGCUACCUCUGCAUCUACUCCUCAAGCGACGGGUGCUAAACAACCGAAUGUAUUGUAUCAAAAAUCCAAAGAAAUCAUAUCAAGAUUUACGAAAAAACGUAUUCCAUCCCAAUCGUUGCAAUCACAAUCACAACAAUACGCUGCAGCUACAUAUAAUUCGAUACCGAUGAUCAACGAAUUUGGUGGAUUCGGACAACGACUUCCGAGUCAAACGAUAGCAAAAGUUACAAAUAAAUUACCAUCACUUCCGUUGGUAUAUAAUACCAAUAGUCAACAACAACAACAGAAUACCCAACAACUUCAGUUCAGUAAACAACAACAACAAUCGAAUCGUAUAGAAUCAACACAAAAUAUGCCAUCAGUACAAUCACAACAACCAACAAAAUCAAAAAAUUCUCAACAUAGUUAUUAUACUAAACAACCAAUGAAUCAAAGUCCAUAUGGAAUUCAACCGGUAUAUCCAUCUUUACAGCAACAACAACAACAUACAUCACCACAAGGGACAUCAUCAUCAACUGCAUCACCAAUGAGUACUAGUACAUCGGUAUCGAUAUCAAUGCAUCAUUCAAUAAGUUCACAAUAUGAUGAUCAUGAUAAUGAUCAAUAUGGGGAUAAUAUGGAACAAUUACAACAACAACAACAACAAGUUCAAUAUCAACCACAAUCAACAAAUGUUGAUAAUCUAAAAAGCUAUUUAGAUACUAAUCCAAAUUUAAAUACCGGUAGUGAUAUAAGCGUACAGAAUAAUCAAGGAUCUGUCUAUUAUUAUUAUGAUCAACCACAACAAUAUCAACAUCUACAACAACAACAGCAACAACAACAAUCUGAUCAACAAUUAUCAUCACAACAACAACAGCAACAAUCAGGACAAUCUGAUUCACAGGAAGAUCAACAACAAAAACAGAAAAAGAAAUGAUUAUGAAAAUCAAUUAAUAAAUAAAAUAAGAAUUUAGUCGCUAAUAUACACAUCAUCGAUAUAUAUUUAUUUAUACUCCAUAUUUUUAUCAUUAAACAAAAACCCUGGAUUUUUUUCCCUUGAAACAUUUUUUUGAACAUUGUUCAUAUUUAUAUAUG